GGAACCUCAAUUUAUAUGUACUCGAACUAUUGAGGUUGGGUGUUGGAAGGUUGUUAAAAUUACUCUUUCUCGAUAACCAAUGUGAACGACCUUGUGCGUUUUUGGCGUCUACUUCUUUUAUCGGGAUAAUUACUGUCUGUAGAACACCGUAGUUUCUCAUUGGCUACAUUUACAUUCAGUCUCCGUCUAUCAUGAAUUCACGAGUUUCGUCCGAAGCGUAUUUCGUUCAGCAUCAGAAACAGCAACAUGUUGCUCGCACUAACACAUGGAUGGAACAUAUUAGCUCUUUAGACAUAGAUCACACCCCGUCUUUUGUGAGACAAACUACCUUGGUUUGUACUUUCGGUGAUCACUGGGAUACGGAUGAGAAAAUCGACCAAAUGAUCAAAAGUGGCAUGAACAUCCUGCGUCUGAACAUGAGUAUGGGCUCCAAAGAAAAGUAUGCGGAAGUGAUUCGCCGUGUUCGCCUUUUGGAGAAGAGCUAUGGUCACAACCCAUCUGUUGGAAUAGCGUUAGACCUGUCAGCUCCACCUGUGCGUACUGGGCUUAUAAAUAGGAGUGUUGAUGCCUUUGUUGUACUGCAAACAGGUCAGAUGGUCCAGCUUACAAUUGCUGAUGAGUUUGAAAACAAAACUUCAAGUUCUUUGAUUUGGAUAAACUCAAGAUAUUUUCCGACAAUUCUUCAGUGUGUCGCAGCUGGUGAUCGAAUUUUCAUUGACGAAGGAAUGGUAUCUCUGAUCGUCCGAGAUGUCAGAACAGAUAGCAUAAAUUGUCUGGUCGAACAAGGAGGUGAGGUUGGAAGUUAUAAACGUGUUCAGCUACCAUGUGAAAGGAUGUAUCAAACAACUUUUAAUAAUGUUUACAAAAGUAACUUGGAGUUUGCGGUCCAGUGUCAGGUAGACUUUGUCUUUACCGGUUACACCUCAAAUGCGAGUCAGGUGGCACAAGCUAAGAAUGUUUUGGGGAAUGAAAUCCUUCUGUUUGCUAAAAUAGAAACUAAGGAGUCAAUUAAAAACUUGGGGGAUAUAAUUGCACACUCUGAUGGCAUCAUCAUUGGACGUGGUUCUCUCAGCUUAUGUUAUCCAAAUGAAAAAGUUUUCCAUAUACAAAAACAAAUAAUUGCUAUGUGUAAUAUACUGCACAAACCCGUGUUCGUUAUAACUCACUUACUUGAAUCAAUGAGGUUUAAACCUCGUGCAACUCGAGCAGAAAUAAGUGAUAUUGCUAAUGCUGUUCUCGAUGGUGCUGAUGGUCUUAUACUAACUGUAGAAACUUCUAAAGGACUCUUCCCAAAAGAAUCUUUAACAGUUUUACACAAAACUUGCCGUGAAGCUGAAUCUGCUGUCUUUCAUGAAAAAUUCUGGAUAGAUCUUAAAACAGCUCGAGAAAUAAGGGGACUGUCACCAAUGGACCCAGGGUACUUUGCAUGUCUAGCUGCUGUUGAAGCUUCGGGUACAUCGAAUGCAUCUGCCAUUUUUGUCAUUACUACUUCUGGACGUUCUGCUUGGGCAAUAGCUUCAUUUCGCCCUUCUUGUCCAGUUAUUGCAAUUAUGAGACGACCUGAAAUAGCAAGAAGGUGUCAUUCUAUUCGUGGUAUUCACCCCUUCGUUUUUACAGGCGAAAAAUUACCUGAUUGGUCUAAAGAUAUGGAUCAACGAUUGAAUGCAGCAUUACAAUUCGCUAAGACCCGUGGAUUUGUCGGUGAUGGUGACCAAAUCAUUGUGGUUACUGGACAGGAAGCUGGCAGUGGUUCUACCAAUACUGUACGCAUUUUUGAAGUCCCAUCCAAUAACUGUUCUUUGUUUAUGGUUAGAUCACAACCUUCACUCACCGCUGAAGACUAUGCGAACUGAAAACUAUUUAAACAGACACUUUAUCAACACUUUGCAUUAUCACUUACAUAGUAUGUCAACUUCAAGGGGCUUGUUUCCUUUAUCUCUUUGGUUGACUUUAACUUCUUUUCCUGUUUUUACUGUCUUCAUAUCCAAAUUCGUAAAUAAAUUUUAAAUUGUUUAGUAAA